AAAGUAGUAAUGAGGUCGUUUCCGGUUUCACUUUGUUCUUUCACAACGAAAUAUGUUGCUGUUUUGCCCAACGUGUGCGAAUAUUCUGGUGGUUGAGGAAGGUCAGAAUUGCUACAGAUUUGCUUGCAACACAUGCCCUUAUAUACAAAAUAUCAACAGAAAGAUAGGAAAUAGAAAAUAUCCAAAAUUAAAAGAAGUAGAUGAUGUAUUAGGUGGAUCGUCAGCCUGGGAAAAUGUGGAUUCUACAGAUGUAACAUGUCCAAAAUGUGAACACAAGAGAGCAUUCUUCAUGCAGAUACAGACAAGAUCAGCUGACGAACCAAUGACUACAUUCUACAAGUGUUGUAACAUGUCCUGUUCACAUCAAUGGAGGGACUGAAUUUUUUUCUUUGAAAAUUCAAUGCAGGAUUUUUGAAAAGUUGACAACUAAAUGUAUUGUGAAACAAAAUGGCUCAUUUACAUGUAGCUAAAGAUGGACAUGUGGAAGCUCAAUAAUUUUGACUGACUAUAGAACAAGAUGUCUGUUGAUGAAUGUGUAUAAAUAGAUGUUAGAGAUUCUGACUGUUUAUAAUAUUUUAUAUGUUAUGUUGUGAUGAGUUGAUUGAUUUUAAAGACAAUCUCGAUGACCAUGAUGACAUUUUAUUAA